UGUUUAAUUAUUAACUAAAAAGUUCAAGAUAAGCUCAAUAGCAGUGAAGACCAGGUAGUUAUCGGAAAGUAAUUUCUUGAGAUUAAAAUUCUUUAGCUGCAUACUGUGAGGUGUUCUUAAAAGGACAAGAGUAUAAGAAAACUAUAGAAAAUAUCCAUUUCCAAAGUAUCUGGAAAAGGAGCAAAGUCUUCAAACAGGUUUUUGUUCUGUUUUAUUUUUCUGCUAAGUCCUAGACUGUGAUAUCCAUGGAUGCUGCAGAGUUCCGCAAGAGGGGGAAGGAGAUGGUGGACUACGUUGCAGAUUACCUGGAGAAGAUAGAAAAAAGACAGGUCUUCCCAGAUGUGGAACCAGGAUAUCUGAGGACUCUCAUUCCAGACUGUGCACCACAGGAUCCUGAGAGCUUUGAGGAUGUCUUUCAGGACAUUGAGAAGAUCAUUAUGCCAGGGGUGACUCACUGGCACAGUCCCUACUUUUUUGCCUACUUCCCUGCAGCCAGUUCCUUCCCAGCUCUUCUUGCAGACAUGUUAUGUGGUGGAAUAGGAUGUGUGGGCUUCUCUUGGGCUGCAAGUCCAGCUUGCACGGAGCUGGAAACUGUCAUGCUGGAUUGGCUAGGGAAGAUGAUUAACUUGCCUGAAGAGUUUUUAGCUGGAAAGGAUGGGCAAGGUGGAGGAGUCAUUCAGGGAAGUGCAAGUGAAGCCACUCUUGUUGCACUGCUUGCUGCAAGAACAAAAACCAUCAGACGGGUGCAGUCAGAAAAGCCUGAGCUAACAGAGGCAGAUGUCAUGGGCAGGCUGGUGGCCUAUGCUUCUGAUCAGGCUCAUUCAUCUGUGGAAAGGGCUGCGCUGAUCAGUGGUGUGAAGAUUAAAAGUGUUCCUUCAGAUGAUACUUUUGCUGUUUGUGGUUCAGCCCUAAAGAAAGUUUUGGAUGAAGACAAAGCUUCUGGUCUUAUUCCAUUCUUUUUUUGUGCAACGCUUGGAACCACACCUUGCUGCUCCUUUGACAAACUGCUAGAACUGGGUCCUAUUUGUAAUAAAGAAAACAUCUGGAUGCAUAUAGAUGCAGCCUAUGCUGGGAGUGCAUUCAUCUGUCCUGAAUUCAGGCAUUUUUUAAAUGGAGUGGAGUUUGCAGAUUCAUUUAAUUUUAAUCCCCACAAAUGGCUCCUAGUGAAUUUUGACUGCUCUGCUAUGUGGGUGAAAAAAAGAUCAGAUUUAAUUGGUGCUUUUAAAUUAGAACCUCUUUACCUGCAGCAUCACCACCAGGAGUCUGGCCUCGUAACAGAUUACCGGCACUGGCAGAUCCCCCUGGGGAGGAGGUUCCGCUCCCUGAAGCUCUGGUUUGUGCUGAGGAUGUACGGCGUCACAGGACUGCAGGAACACAUCCGCAAGCAUGUCAGGCUGUCGCACCAGUUUGAACAUUUAGUCCUUCAGGAUGAGAGAUUUGAGAUCUGUGCUGAAGUUGUCUUGGGACUAGUCUGCUUUCGACUGAAGGGCUCAAAUGAACUAAAUAAGGCACUUCUUAAAAGCAUAAAUGAGGCCAAGAAGAUUCAUCUGGUCCCAUGCCACCUGCGAGAGAAGUUUGUGCUACGCUUUGCUAUUUGCUCCCGCACAGUGGAAUCCACCCACGUCAAGUUUGCCUGGCAGCACAUCUCACAGCUGGCGACCGAGCUCCUGAAAACAUGGGAACAAAACCACCAGCAGCAGUAACAGUGGUGAGGUAGCAGCAGGGAGGAGGUAAUUAGCUGGCUUUCUUUGUGUUGCCAAGUUUAAUUUUAGGGGCAGGUGGGAAAGUCGAGUUAUGAGGGGAAAAAAAUCAAAAGCUGUUGCUACAUAGCCCAGCUGCAGUAGCAAAAUCCUUGCCAACAAGUUGUGUUCUAACCUUAGUGAUUCAUUCUCUGCACUGCAUUUUCAUCUUGCCUUUUUCCAGAAGGGACAUAUCCAUGGCAUCUCAAGCUGUCAUUUCUUUCCUGUUAGUUAUCAAGAGCAUUCAUUGAUCCCAGCAAUGGAAACAGAGGGUUAGUAUUCCCUCUAUUCUUGACAUUAAGCCCCCAGCACAAAAACUCUUCUCCAGAGAUAAAAAUGUAAAGUGUCAUCACCAAAUAAUUUGACAUCAUAGUGACUUCAGAAAAAAACAGGUUGUAGGAAGCUCAGUCACCUGGUUAUAACACUGUUUGGGUCCUAUUCUAAGCAGGCAAGCACAGAUGUAAUGAGCUGGGUCACUAACAUGCUAUGACACACGUGCUGCUGUAUUUUUUGCAAAUGAAGUUAGAACUUCAAGACUCCUUUCAUUAUACAGUCAAACUGAGGGAGUGAAUGCUUGCUGCCCUUACGGCAGGUUCUCUCUCCUUAGAAGUUUCCUUCUAAGACAGUGAUUUUGUCAAAUCUCAGCAAAUUGUUUAUGCUGCUUAUUGGUUUUCACUUCAGUCAUCCAUAUUGAUGCUCCGUCUUCAGAGUUGGGCCAAAAUCCAUGUGCUACCUGAUGUUCUAUAUUUUCAACUCAGUUAUUAUAAGCAGUAACUAGUUGAAAAUAAUCUGUAAGCUAUGUUGUGUGAAAUAGAGUUGUGACAUCUUUUGAUGGCUACCACUCCGCUUGUUUCAUUGUUUGAUGAAGAAAUAUAUGUCAAAAUAAAACGUGUACCAGGAACAGCUGGCAUGGCAUGCAGACUGCUGCUGGCCACAUUUUGUCUCUGUGACAUCCCAAAGGAGAACCAGACUGGACACGAGGAAGAAUGUAUUUACUAUGAAGGAGAUUGAAUACUGGAACAGGCUUCUUAGAGAGGUGGCUGAUGCCCUGUGCCUGUCAGUGUUCAGUGGCAUUUGCACUCAGUAACAUGCUUUAAUUUUUGGUGUCCCCUUAAGUGAUCAGACUGUUGGCCUAUUACAUGAUCUCUGAAAGUCCCUUCCACCUGGCCUAUUCUAAUUCUAAUACCCACAGAACUGCAUUUCCUCACAGCCAGCACAAUACAGAAAUCUGAAUUUCACAGUUCUUGUUUUUGUUUUCUUCUGAAAUCUGGGGAUGACUUGAAGCUGCAGUCAAUGAAGGCUUUUUUAGCAGUCAGUCUCCCACUGCCUCUUCCCCCCAUGUGCUUUGCAGAACAUUAAUGUUAAGUUGUGUUAAGAACAUUGAUGUUAAAUCAUCUCAGAAAAAAAAAAAAUAA